GAAAACAAUUACGGCACGCACAGUGUCAAAUCACGGCGAGCACAAUUGGUGAGUUAUAAUUGUGACUGUGGUGUACCCAUAAAUUAAACUCAUGGUGAUUCAAAAUUUUAACUUUUAACUUUCGAAGUUCAAGUUGUUGCGUAAUCGAUAAAUAAUCAAAAGCUCUAUGUAUUAAGCAUCCUUGGAAAAAUGAAGAAGUUCUUGAUGUGACUCAAAUUCAAAAUGACGGCGGGGAGCGAGUCAAUGAAAGCUUUCGUAAGGCAAAUUUCGGGUCCGACCGUCGCUGCGUCCUCAUCAACGGCACUCGCAGGCUUCUCUUCAAGAAAUAGGCGGUACUGCUUUCCGAAGAACCUCAGAUACACAACGGACGUUUCAGUCCACAGAGGUUCUUUUCAGUUCAGAUAUCGCAAUUUUUUAACAAAAACGAGCAGCAUGGUUGGAGGCGGUCGUGGAGGGGACUCGAGAAUAAUGAUUCGUAGGUUCAGCAACGCUUCUUGCACAACGGCUGGCGCAGCUGUUAGAAGAAGAGGAUCAAGAUCUGCGUACGAAACAAGAGAAGAUAUUUCCUUCAGGUUCCGGCGUAAGAGUACCACAGCGAUUCCGUCUAAAGAGCAAGAUACAAACUUUUCAACCACAAGAACGGGAGGGGGCUGCACGAAUCUCAUACCUCCUCCCGAAGCCUUCCCCGAAGAUGUGGAAAUGAGCACGCGCCUUGAAGGAGGAACUCAAACUCCACCAACUCGAACUACUAGUAGUCUAGAACAGGUACUUCUUUUCGCAGAAAGACAAGCAAAAGAAGUCAGGAUGAUCGUCCCCAACCGGGCCAAUGCUGUAGUGGAUACAACCUCAACCCAACCUUGGCAACGACCUCUCCGUCGCGUCGAGCUGAACCACCGACUACGACAGCAGCGUGCAGGCACGCGAGGCUUCGCGACGGGGUAUCCUGGACCCCCAGUUGAUCCUUUUUCGCGGUGUACCUCGUGCGUGAUGGAAAACGUCUUGCGGAACAGGCGAUACGUCAACCGAGUGCCAACAGAUAAACGGGACUUGUUUCUACGUCACACAGAAAACGUUAACACCCUGGUGGCCAUUUAGCCACCAGGUGGAAUUGACGCAAAAGAAGAAGUUGAAUAUUUUUUACGGCGUAUCUACAUUAGGAGCGCCUCGCCUGCGUGGGGAUGCAUAAACUUUAUUCAUGUAGAUAUUCGGGUUCGGAAUUUCUAAAUCUAAAUAUAUCUAGUGCUGAGUCUACGUGGUCAGUUUAUUGUCUCCACAUAUAAUUUCCUUGUCGAUCUCGAAAAUCAAGAUGACUAUCGAUCCGUUUUAUAAAUGCAGUUUUCCAUUAUCAUUCUAUUUCUACUAUCCCAGACCCAGACCUACUUCUAAGUCUUUUUUUUGCAGUAAGCACGGCGCGAAGCGAAUCAGCCGACUUGCGAAUCGCCGCCGAUGGACUGACUGCUGAUGGGAAUGUCAAAGCUCCGACGCGCAAACAGUACGAACAAUACGCGUUGCAAUGUGCAGUGCCUAUGAUUGGUUUCGGCUUUAUGGAUAAUGUACUACUCUGUCUGUUCACAGUCUUAGUUUGGAGCGUAGUUGUAGUCACGUACUGUUUUCAGCUAGAUCAUCAACUUGUUGUGCACCAUGAUCAUCGUUUGGAAUAUAGCCAUAUCGUCAAGCAGCGUUGAGGACCAACGGGCGUGCUUUCUUCGCUUAAAUGCUAGAAAAAUCAUCUUCCAAUGAUCACAGAUGAUCAUGAUUACGGUUGGAGAUUUGAUCGAUAGUCAUUUUUCUGCGAUUGUAUCGACGCUGACAGCUGCAGCCUUCGGUCAGUGCUGCUCCGAUGUAUGUGGUACCAGCUUCAGUGGUUUCGUUGAUGCAGCGGCUGCAAAACUAGGUCUACCUGACGCAAGGGUGACGGCAGCACAGGUGUUUCUGUUUAUUCAUCACAUUGAUUGACAUUCAGUGUAGGAUCGAUUACUUAGCACUUGUUCCUACUCCUCUUCUUUUUCCUUCAACCAGGCAGGCAUACUACCUCGUGAGUAUGUUCGUAGAGGUGAAUACGUUAUAGAUACAUAGCAAGUAGAGCAUUUACCUUUCUAUCAUACAAGUACACCAACAACAAGAAGAAGUGGUAGCUAGUUGAGGUUUUUGGAAAAAUGCUCCAACCUCCACUAGGCGGACCUAACUCCCGUGCGGAUCGUUCGAACAGGAUCGAUGGUUAUUGGCGUAAUUUGCGGAUGCUUGCUAGGAAUGUUCCCGCUAUUGUUUAUAGACACAAAGCGGAACGAAAGAAGGAAGAAAGCAAAGGAGUUGCGGUAUUCACGAUACACAUAGAAGAUAGAAAACGACACCAUGCAUUGGGUGCUGCAUUUGUUUUUUCUAACAAGCAAGUAAGUCGUUAUGCAGUUUACUAGAUCCAGAUGUACUAGAUUGAUAAUGGGAGUCUUCUUCUGGUGCGCCGCACCUUGUUUACCACGACCUCUGAAGGGUAGCUCUAUUAAGCUCGAGGCAAACUGAUCAUGUGCUUAGGCUUACUCUCUUGUUGCUUAAUACUCUCUUGUGCUUACUCUCUUGGGAACGCAGAACGACGGCGUUAGACUGUUCGCUAUGUCUUACUAUAAUGUCACAGGUCGACGUAGGUACUUGCGACGUUGAUAUAAGUGUAUUUUGUCAGGUCCUUGUUUAUGUCGGUUGCGGAGGAAGGGCAGAGGAGCCUGAAUGUGGAACGAUGUGCGCUCUAUAUUGACGAGGAUGGGGAUGCGAGCUCUAUGUGGGCUCUGGCAAGAAAAUGGUCCCCGAGUCAAGAGCAGCUCGACGACUGCAUUCGGCGGGCUGCGCAUGGGCAAGAAAACUCUGAUACUCUGUCAAUCACGCGAUUGAACAACGUUUUCAAAGCCAUGAAAUUUCGCUACACGGAACUGCCUACGGAAAAUUAUGAACCAAGACCUUCAACUUCAAGAAGCAGGACGAUUUAUUAAUUCGAUAUUGGAGAAAAUUGCAUCCCGAUCCUCGACUUCGUCAAGGAGGGAACUGAAAUUCAUUCUCCGAAAACACGACUUGUGUUGCGCUUCGCACGAACGCAGACUACCUAAAUGCACAGAGGACACAGUGCCUUGUAGUGUCCUACUAGUUCUCGCCUUCGAGUUGUGAUAACCUGUUGAUCGAUAACGAUGAGCCAGCACUCCCAUUGAUGAUUGAUGUUGACGAUGUAUCUCUAAUUCUUGGAGUACAUCAAGAAAGAGGAACUGCCUUUGCUGCUGAAACAAAUGCUCCAGAGCAGCGCAAAACAUGAUAAGCUGGAGAAAAAGCGCAUUCGGAAAAAUGGGACAAAGUACAUUGUACUGAAGUCUCUAGACCCGGAUAAUGCCAUGUUGAACUUGGCGGACGUCUACGCAGACCAAAGGUUUCGGGCAUCGCGGAAAUACGAUACGAACGCAAGGACACGCACGACCUCUGAAAAUGUACUUCGAUAGGAUUAUAAUUGAAUGAUGGAAGGAUAGGGGUAAAGGAAGCAUCUCCAGUGAUUUGUUGACUUUUUCUUUGCGAAGCUGCCGCUACUCCAGCACGAGUUGUAGCGGGAUGGGUGCAGUAGCUUCAGUAAGAACUACUUACGCAUACGCCCACAGUGGGAUGAGAGAUACCCAGUGAGUUCACGAGAAGCGGGCGUAAGCGCAGAUAGCACAUGAUGAUGAUUAUAAAUUGGUUGCUUGGACUUCUUAAGAGGGAGCUCACCACAUUUAAUAGCAGUUCCUGGAAUUUACUGAAAAUGCUCAUGCUCACUCCAAAAACAGGCUUGGCGCGCCCACAGUGUACUGAUCGGCCCCGUGUUGCGAGACGGCAAAAUUGUCGGUUGUAUCGAAAUGAUCAACAAAAAAUCCGAGCCAGACUUACGCGGAAGCUGUGUGCCGUUCACGAAAAAUGACGUACUACGCCCUAGUAUUACAUCUAAGGUGCAUGUGUGUUUGUGUGUGCAUCUCCAUCUUUUCUUCCUCCUGGACUAUUUCACGCGAUUCCGUUUAGUAUUUCCAGUCAAAACAGGAAUAGGAGUAAGUUGAUUGUACUACCAAAGAAGCUACAUCAUGCGUCUGCUCAUCUCUAAAAAAAACUCCGCUCUCACAGGAGCGACUGAUGUGGCUUUUGUGCAAUCACUGCAGUAUAUUCCUCAACCAGUUGGAAAAUAGCGAGAGCCUCUCGGAGCUGCUUCUCACUGAUGUAACAGCUUGA